UGCAGGUGUAUACAAUAACAACGCCCGUGUAGUCAAAGGCGGGUGUUCUCUGACCGCCAGUAUGAUGGUUACUCGAACGAUAUCUGCCAUAACAAGGGUGAUCGUGUACUAAAUUUGGAAUCAGGAUAUCUGCAGCAGGCUGUCAGAGUCUGUCAAAAUGUUCACUGCUCUCAACUCUACAGCGGGCCUUAAACGAGGACGUGAUGCCGACGACGAGCCAUCGCAGAAUACCGGACCUUACAGCAAGAAGUCUCGGCCUACCACAACGGCGGCAGCCUCCGGAUCAUGGCACGAUUCGGUCAUCGACACGCCCACUGGGAGUUCUCAGAAGCCAAAGUACGAUAGCGAUGACCAGUCUUCAAUGAUGUCGGAGCCUGGCAGCCCGCAAGACCUCGAUCAGUCUUCGGCAGAUGACAUGGAAGUCGAAAUGGAAGACGCCGCGUUCUCUCAAUCACCAGAAGAGAGCUUUGUUCCCGGAUUGAAAGGUCCUCUUAGCAGCAGCCCAUGGCGUGAACGAGUGCAGAGCCGUGAUCGGGUAGCCACACCGUUCGGCGCUCACCCAAGGACCUCAGCAAAGCCGCUGCAAGUCCGCACUGGUGUCAAGCAGCACAUUCGGCGACGCCACCCGCAAGUAGACAACUCAGAUCACUUAGAGGUACCGUCGCCGAUCGACGAGGAUGAGGUCCCAACCCCACCGUCUGCAGCAGAGGCAGCAGGCUCGCAACUGUCGAUGCUUAGUGUGAGCGACAUGGAUAUCGAACCAUCCGCUGAUUUGCCAUCCAUCACGAUCGAUCCGGCAUCGCGCAGCCUGCAGCUCGAUGGGCGACCUGACUCGACAUCACCGGGUCUGGAGGUUAUGGGCGGCAUGUCUAUGGAAGGGAUGGUGCGGAAGCAGAGGCAACGGAGUGGAGCGCAAAGCAACGGCUCCGUUUCUCCGGUACGACCCGUGGUUGACAGAGAGAUGGAUGGGAUGGGCCAGGCUAGGCGUGGCAUUAGCAUUGGCUAUCGAGCCGACUGCAUGAAGUGUCAGAUGCGCGUACCAGGGCACAUGAACCACUUCACGGUGUAGCCACGGCCGACUUCACGACUGAUAACAAAGACUAUGAUUCAUGAUGGGCGGCUUUCUCUCAGCGAUAGGCGUAGGCAGGCGUUAUCUUACUGCUAUUGUUCAUGCUCUGCGGCAUAGGUGUC